AUGGAGGACGAUUUGGCGGAUAAAUGGAAGUCCUUUUCUCUGUCUGAAGUUGAGCAGGCGGAUGUUGGUAUUCAAGACUCGCUGCAGGGGUCCAUUGAUGAUCAUAAAGACUAUUGCCUCAUAUUCAGUUUACUCACCCGUAAAUUCUUUAAUAAGGAGGCCUUUAAGUCGGUUAUGCGCACUGUUUGGAGUCCUGUGAAAGGGGUAAAAUUCUUUGAUUUGGGUGAGAAUGUUUUUCUUGCUCAGUUCGCUGAUCAGGGUGAUAAGAAGAAGGUUUGUCUUAAUAGUCCAUGGUCCUUCAAUAAGAAUUUGGUGUUGCUCAUGGACUAUGUUGGUGAUGUUCAAUCGUCAAGAAUAAAGAUGCAUUUCGCUUCCUUUUGGGUCCGAUUAUAUGAUUUGCCUCUAAUGGGGAUGAAUUCUGAAACAGCACGUAGCAUUGGGGAGUCGAUUGGUAAUGUUGAAGACAUUGAUUUGUAUAGUCAAUCUCCUGGAUGGGGAGUGUUUUUGAGGGUGCGCAUUCGACUUGAUGUCUGUUGUCCUUUGCCCAGUGUUAAGCGUCUCUGUUUGAGGAAUGGUGAGGUUCUAUGGGUACAUUUGAAAUACGAGCGACUGCCCAACUUUUGUUACUAUUGUGGGAAGUUAGGGCAUUCAGAUAGAGACUGUGAGUUAUGGGUGUUGAAGAGGGCUUUAUUUGAGAAGGAUGGAUUUCCCUAUGGAGUUUGGCUGCGUGCGGAAGGAAGAAAUUCUACAAAUGGGCAACGUAAAUCUUUUUCACGAGUUUUACCUUAG